UCUAAAUCUUCGAGUGUUUGGAGUUGCUCACAUGCACAAAACAGUAAUAAAGACAGAUAUAUACUCUGUUGGGUUCCAUCAAUAAAUUGACAGCCGAAGCCCUUUACGGAACGAAUCGCAAAGGUUCUGAUACUGUGGGUCCUCUGCCCUUUCCCUGCGAAAGCUUUGUUAGGGUCCGCCCAGGUCCAGCGUACCUGAGUUCUUACUAUGGCACUUUGCCGUCACCUUUCGACCGAAACCUGAAAAGGGGCUUUGACGCAAAAGGAUCACGACAGGAGGCAUAUCAGCCUGACGUUUUCGACUUUUGCUUUCAGGCCUUCGGUUGGUAGCGCUGUUCCUUUACCUCACAAGGUUGAUGCGGGGCUAUACCUCCGCUUACUCAACAAUACUGGCUCUGUUGCUGUAUUUUAGCUGUACGUCAUAUCAAAAUAAGAUAGUUAGCAGGUGACUGUUGAACGUGUGAAGUCUGGCAAUGCUAGGCUUUAUUUGCGCAUUGCUCCCGGCGUCGUGGAGGAGCAGUGCCAAAUCAUACGCAAAGGGUUACCAAACUGUCCUGCGCUCUUACCCAUCAACGCUUCUAUGGCCACUUGUGGCAUUCGUGAUCUUUGUUGGCUUCGGCGUCUGGGCUGUAUCACGUGGGGCUCAGCUGAGCGCACACAGUGCCAAGGUCCAAGCCUUAUCGCUUGCCAGCGCUGCGGCCCUUAACUACCAGCAGCAGCUUUCCAUUCCUUCAACGUUGACGCAUGUGCUGGCCUCCAUGGUCGCUCAAGACCCGCAGUACGACGCCGUCAGGAGCCGCUUUAACGACACCGCCAGCGCCCUCGCAACCGCGGUUCCGAGAGGCUCUCUGCAGUCUCUAGGGCUGUCACCCUCGGGUAUCGUACGACUGAUCUAUCCCACAACGGGCAACCAGGCCUUUCUGGGCUUGGACUUGUUUAAGUCAGAUCCCUCCAGGCCCGGCGUCCAGCUGUCUGUCCUUCGCGCCGCCGCCAAGGGGGGCACAGCGGUGGACGGGCCCUUCCCGCUACCUGAGCUGCCCGGCGCAGGCUCCAUGCUGAUCGUGCGGGAGGCCAUUCACGUGCCCGUGGCCGGCCCAAAUGAGACGUUUAGCCGCCCGGACGUGCCCAAUGCGCUGUGUGGCGAGGCGUGUGCCUACAACACCUCCAGCGGUACCAAGCUGUGGGGAUUUGCCUCUGCGCUCAUCACCCUGGCGGCUGACGGCACCCUCAUGGCAGGCCAACAGGGGGCUGCCUCACCGCUGAAAGCACUGGCCUCGCACGGCUACCGCUACUCCCUCACCGCGCCCGACCCGGUCGCUGCUGCCGCUGCUGGCAGCAGCAGCGGGGGCAGCGGUACGGAACGUGUGUUGGUUGUAUCGAGCGCCGAGGGGGUCCCGCGUGACCCGGUGGAGGCGAUUAUCGAUCUGGAUGGAGCGCAGUGGAGCCUUCUGGUGGGCCCUGCAAAGGGUUCCUGGUCUCCCGCUUGGUACGGCGGCGUGGUGGCGGUUGUUGUCGUACUCUCAACGGCCCUGGCGCUGAUGCUGUUCGGCUUGCUGGUGUCGAGGCGGCGCCACCAGCUGCUGCUGGAGUCGCUGCUGCCUCGGGAGCUGAUUCGUGACCUGCAUGCGGAAAAUAUGGAUGCGAUGGGGCCAGCGCCCGAUCGCCGGUCAGGAACAGACUGCCCUGCCGACCUGCUCGUUGCGCUGCUGGGCUGCCUGCUGUCCGGCCAGGCGCCCGAGCUGCGCGACGUGGUGCUGCUGCGAACGGUGCUGCAGCGCGGUGAUGACGUGUACCGCCCGUUCGACCUCCGGGCCCGUAUCAAGGGGGCAAAUCUGGAUGCCGACGUUGCGCGUUCCCUCAUGCGUCAGCUCGGUGGCAUGAUGGACAGCUCAAGCUCCGACUCCAGCACCAGCAUCAGAAGCCCCAUCACCGCCCCGAGAACCCCCAGAUCUGGCAGCUGUGAAGAUCUGAACCUGAACGACAGGCCUGACGCAGGUGGCGCUCCUCCGGGUGCGGAGCGAGGUCGAGCUGACGAGCCGGGCUCCACUUUCACCGUUCCCGGCUGCCCGGAGCGGAAUGAGUCCAGCACCCAGGGAGUGGGGCGGACUAGCCCCCGGCUGCCGGCGGCAGAAGAAGGAGAAUGCGGCGGGAAGGAGCUGGGUCUAAAGACGCUGCCGUCUGCUGGCCAGCAGGAGCUGCAGGAGAUGUCUCCGGAGGAGCUGAGGGAGGGCAGGCUGCGGGCGGAGUGCCGGACCUUGCGUGGCGCGCUGGGCGUCAUCCUCGCAAUGGAGCUUGAUAAGAACGAAGAAGAGGUGGAGGAGGAGGUGCGGCAAGCGAGGGUUUCCAGGAGGCAGACGAAGCAGCAAAGGCAGCAGAAAGACAACUUGACGCAUCAAGAAAAGCGGCGUUCCUUGGAUUCUGCAGUCCCGGGGAUGAGUUUGCUUGAUACAGAAGCGGAGCUUGAGGCAGCGCGAGGGAGGGGGUCACGCUCGGGGCUUGGAUUCGAGGGUAGGGGUGCGGUCUGCGAGGCCAAGUACAUCUUUGCGUCCUCUCCGUACAUUCCAAUCAGUAAGCUGCUGCAACCAAGGGAGGCCUCACCCUCUUUGGAUAGGGGCACAAGCUCAGGGGUUGUGCUGCGAAUGACGCCGACAGCCCCGGGAUCCUUGGCAGUUGCUGACCAGCAGCAGCGACCCGCGGGUCUCAGCCCUCGCCGGAGCUCCGGUGUCAGCCUGUUUGGCUGGCGUCUGGGCAGCGCCUUGCCCGUGGGAGCAGCUGGGAACCCCAUCCGAACCGACUUAUCAGCACGACCCAGCUCUGCUUGCCAAUGGACUGAGGGUUCCGGCCAGCCCAACGGCACACCCCUCCGUGCUGUGCCUGGUGUUGCCGGGGACGUCCUGCGUUCCUCCCUCUUAGACCGCCCCUCAGCGGAAGCUGCACCUGUCAUCACGGGACGAGGCCAGUUCUCAGAGCGUCCCAGUGCUGGAGCCGCCUCCAGGCCGGCCUCGGCCCUAUCUGACCGCUUGCAAAGAACGCCACUUUGCAUGCAGCAGUACCAGCCCCCGCAGCCCCAGCAGCAGCAAGCACUGCAGCAGUCCCAGCAGCCGCGAGCAGGGCGCAGGGGGGCGGCCCAGCUGCUGCUGCUGCGCCGCGGAGGCGACCUGGCUCCCUCCAGGCCCGCCCGCAGCAUGCCGUCCAAGCUGGAGGGUGAGGAGUGCAGCGAGGAUGGGGUUGAUGGCGGUGGCGGCGAGGGUGUUGGCAGCAAUGGUGUGGCUUGGGUGGCGGCGGGAGCGGUGGCGGAGGCGACGGAUAGGGCGCUAGCGGUGCCCGCCCCAGCCAAGUCGCUACUAGAUGAGGUUGAGAGGCUGCUUUCCAUCAGUGGAGAGUGGCAGUACGACAUGUGGUCGCUGCAGCAGGCCAGCGGGGGGCACGCGCUGUCGGUGAUGGGCUUCUUCCUCAUCCAGCAGGCGGGGCUGCUGGAGCGGUGCCACAUGGAGCCGCUCAAGCUGGCGAGGCUGCUCCGCACUAUCGAGGCCGGCUAUCAGGCGUCCAACCCCUACCACAACGCCGUACAUGCCGCCGACGUGCUCCGUACAUUGCACGUGCUGCUGCACGGCGCCGGCCUGACGGAUCACUACCUGGAUCACGUGGGGCUGCUGGCGGCGUACCUGGCUGCGAUUAUCCACGACUAUGGGCACCCCGGGCUAACCAACGACUUCCUCAUCGCCACCAGCCACCCCCUGGCCCUGCGAUACAACGACCGCUCGCCGCUGGAAAGCCACCACUGCGCCGCCGCCUUCAGCCUGAUGCUGCCCCCGAAGGAGGUGCAGACCCAUGGGUCACAAGCGACCCGGCUGGACGUGUUGAGUGGGCUCAGUGCGUCGGAACGGACAGCGUUGCGCAAACAGAUGAUUGAGAUGGUUAUGGCCACAGACAUGAAGCAGCACUUUGCCGUAAUCGCCCAAUUUAACACCGUACACCGCCUUGCAACCGCCAGCACCGUUGGGCCUUCGCAAGGCAGCAGUUUCAACCACCGCCGCCAUCUGCACGUGCCCUCCCUUGACGGCCCUGCCUGUGCGCUCGCCCCAGUACCCGUGGACGAGGCGGAGAGGCUGCUGAGUCUGCAGAUGGCGCUCAAGGUAGCAGACCUGGGGCACCUGGGGGCUCGGCUGGAAACGCACAAGAGGUGGCUGGCCGGGUUGGAGGAGGAGUUCUUCCGGCAGGGAGACCGGGAGCGGCAGCUGGGGAUGCCCAUCAGCCCGCUGUUUGACCGGGCCAAGCAGGGCGUCGGCAAGAGCCAGGUUGGCUUCUACGACUUUGUGGCCCUGCCGCUGCUGCAAGCCGUCGUGGGGGCGUUCCCUGGAGCCACCCCACUGCUACACUGCUUCCAGGCCAACUACCACCACUGGCGCGACGUGGAAAGCGCGAACGCAACACCAGAACUACUGCCGCCGGCGACGUCGACGGCAACUGCUACCAGCGUGCCGCCUGCACGAUCGGCACACGCAGAGUGACAGCAGCACUGGAACUUAGGAUGAAGAUGGGGCGGCAUGCAAUGGCUUCUGCUUCGUGCCCAGAAAGCCAGUUGGCGCCAGAAGAAGGCCUUGCUUGUGUUAUGCGCCGCAACGCUGCCAAAGGAACCUUGAACUAACUCGUGUAGAAUGCAUGUUAUUAUUGCAAAGGCCGUUAUCGCUUAAAUCGCAUGUUGGUGCGGCUAUCGGGUAUGAAUUACGGAAUGCUACGGCGGGUCGUGCAGGGUGAUAGAAGAUGGCUGUGGCCUGUGAUCCAUCCGUUGUGGGGCGAGCCAAAGGGGAGGGAACACGUGACUUGGUAGGGUAAAUGGGUGAAGGGUAACCAUGCAGCUUCCUUCAGGAAGAUACCGUGUCUACGUACGCUGUGUGGAAUUGUGUCUAGUAUAUUAUAGAUAUAUAUUAUAAUGCAUGCAGGUGGACGUGUUUCCCUGUUUAAGUGUGGACGUGGUGGUAGUAAUUACCUGGGUUAUCCCAUGGCAGACAUAUCUAACUAAUUGGCUUUAAAGUGCAGCUACAUACCGGUACGUAACGUAUCAAAGCGGCAGCGUUGAAACAUACUUGGACCCAUUAUUCCCGAAACGGAUAUUGACACUUCAAGAUUGAGACGCCCCGUGAGCUGUGGACUGGCUUGCUUAUUAACAUGGCACGUGGAAAUGACCUGUCAUGGUAGUUUUCUGGCUAAGGUAUUGUUGUUUCACACUUGUGAGUAUGACGUCUGAUUCCUCUUGGCGCAUCCUGUCGCAACCUUCGUAAGGGCAGGGGGUUUGCAAAGGCUUGGCGCAAGGGCAUAGCGUACACGUCGCACAACAUGGUGUGCGUAGAAGAAGACUCGUUUGUCUUUGCGGUUUAGAAAGAUGAUCUGUUUGGGUAGGCCUGUGUACCCUGUUGCUUGCCGUGCAUGGCCCAUGGGUCAUAAUCGCCAUAAGGGUAGAGGUCGGGACGAGGUCUGCCAAAAUGCACGCCUGGGCCUUGCCUGGAAUACUGCUUCAACUACGCAAUUCGCCUUGGGGCACCAUUUAGCCGCUUGCACCUACAGUGGCAUGGGGCAACUUGAUGAAAUGCGAUUGGGGCUGCUGCUGCUGCAGUGCUCAUGUUGCUGCCGGUGCGUGUUCUGGCUAAGAACCUUCACACGGUUUGUAGUUUGGGUUUCGAUACGAACGGACUUGGACCAGGACUUGGAUAACUGGACACGCUUGGAAUGGACUGAGGGCAUUGCGUUUGGACCAAGAAAUUGAGCAGGGUUAGGGUGGGGGGUGUGUGCCUCUCCCGCCCAUGAAAGGUGC